AUGUCUUCCCUCCUCUCAUUGAAGUGCGAUUCUCAUGAGACCACAGGAGGGUGGGCAAGUGCACUAGAUGGCCCAUAUGCAUGGGCAUAUCGUUUUGUUACGGAAAAUAAUGAGCAAACCUAUUGUACCUCAACAUCUUGUCCAUGUGCUUCUGGAAAACAAUAUUAUGGCCGGGGACUUAUCCAACUCACUCACAACUACAAUUAUGGGCAAGCAGGUAAAGCCAUUGGAGCUGAUCUCAUAAACAAUCCUGAUCUUGUAGCCACAGACCCCACCAUAUCGUUCAAGACAGCCAUAUGGUUUUGUAUGACCCCGCAAGCAAACAAUCCAUCCAGCUACGAUGUCAUCAUUGGAAAUUGGAGACCCUCUGCUGCUGACACAUCAACUAGUCGAGUUCUGGGCUAUGGUGUAAUCACCAACAUUAUCAAUGGUGGCCUUGAAUGUGGCCAUGGCUCUGAUAAUAGGGUGGCUGAUAGGAUUGGGUUCUAUAAAAGGUAUUGUGACAUACUGGGAAUAAGCUAUGGGAACAACUUUUUUUUUUUUUUUUUUAAAUUUAUAGAAUCAGCUAUGGGAACAACUUAG